AUGACACAAACUGCCACCAGCAAGCUUCCAAUCCCAACACUCUAUCUCCUGGGCUUCGAUUGCUAUCCAGACGACAGAGAGUACUUUGAAGCGCGGCGUGCAACCGGAAGCGCGACGCCCUACUGGUUCAAAACAAAACUUGUAUAUGAAGAUAUUGCCGCAAGCCCGUUUACGCGGACGGUAGUCGCAGGGGCGCCGAAGAGCAGUAUGGAGGGUACACACGAGUAUGGCAAAGACAGUAAGACAGUAAAGGUGGAGGAGCGGGAAACGACAGGAGAUGAUGAAGCAAGAGAAGAAACCAAUAUACUGCAUACCAAAAAAACGAACGAGAAGGAGCAACGCGUCAAACGACCGCCCAAGUCACCCCGUAGGAAGAUUAUCACAAUACCGCUACCCAAACGCCGCGUCGUAUUCGCCUGGGCCCCAAGGAAACACCAAAGACCUCAUGCAUCACUCUCCCAUCGAGCCCCGACCCCCUUUCUCCGCCGGCGAACCAGAAAACCCAAGCACGUCGUUAAACAACAGGAUUAUGCAGACCAGCGUCCACUCCUCGACAUGACGCCGCCGCCAUUCCUCCACCUCAACUACGAUACAAGACUCGACACCUAUCCAGUACCUCUGCCCCAGCCCCCAGCCCGUCUCGAACACCAGACAAACAGAAGUAGUGCUGUACGACCCUCUCUGCCUGCGUUUUUUUCUUGGAGGUAG